AUGCCGACCUCGGCGGCGGCGACAACGAAGGCACAGCAUUUGGUCGCGCUUCCACCCCUUCGCCCAGAUCUCCACGAACGAGCCUGGUUCUCAGCGCCGCAUCCGACUCUGCCUCUCCUUGCCACUGUCCACGCAAAGUCCGUCACAGUCUUCUCCCUCACAACCCUCUCGUCACACAGCAAUCUGACUGGCGGCCACACACGAUCGGUUCGUUCUGCUGCCUGGAAGCCGAACCUGCCCCCCCACAAACUGUGUCUCGUGACGGGCAGUUUCGACUCCACGGCCGGCCUUUGGCGCUGGGAGGAUGAGGCGGCGGGCCUCGAGGUCGAGGUCACAGGCAGAGACGGCGACUCCGAAAAGGGCGACCAGGACUGGGAGUUUACUCUCGUCCUCGAGGGGCACGACUCGGAAAUCAAGACGUGCGCCUUCAGCCCUUCUGGUGCUCAGCUCGCCACCUGCUCUCGCGACAAGUCCGUGUGGAUCUGGGAGGACAUUGGCGCCUCCGAGGCCGAUGACGAGUGGGAGACUAUUGCCGUCCUGAACGAGCACGAGGGCGAUGUCAAGUCUCUUGCCUGGUGUCCCGACGUUCCCGGCCGCUCACGGCCCAACACCUACGGCCACGAUGUUCUGGCCUCUGCCAGCUACGAUAACACUCUGAGGGUUUGGAGGGAGGAUGGCGAUGCGGAAUGGGUCUGUGUAGCGGUUCUCGAGGGGCACGAAGGUACAGUUUGGGGCGUUGAGUGGGAGGGAAAGCCGCGGAAAGGGAACAAGUUCCCCCGGGUACUCUCAUACUCGGCUGAUGGGACGUUGCGCGUUUGGACGCUCACCCAGCAGGGAGAGGGGGAUGAUGAUGAUGCAGAGCAAUCCGGCACUGCACAGGCACGAGCGCGCAACCCCCUCGGGGGGAUUCCCAACACUAUGCGCCAAUCGCUGCGCGAGGAAUGGGUUUGUACCGCCACAUUGCCCAAAGUCCACUCCAGUGAUGUCUACUCUGCGGCAUGGUCCCCCGUUACCGGCCUUAUCGCCAGCACGGGCAGUGAUGGUGUGUUAGCAUUGUACAAGGAGGAGGAGGAUUGUUCAUGGACGCUACUAGAUAGCCAUGAGAAUGCUCAUGGGCCGUAUGAAGUGAAUCAUGUCGCGUGGUGUCGUCGGUGGGAUUCAGGCAUCGAGGCAGAUAAGCGAGGUGUGGAGGAAAUGUUAAUCACGACUGGUGAUGAUGGAGUUGUGCGACCCUGGCAGGUAGCUGUAGAUUGA